GCGCGCGCUGCGGCUGACGGUGUGGUUGCCGGAAGUUGAGCGGCGGCAACAAAUAAUGGCAGCAGCUACGGGGCAUCCUGUACUCUCCAAAUUGCAGUUUGCCCCCUUUACCAGUGCUUUGGAUGUUGGAUUCUGGCAUGAGUUGACCCAGAGGAAGCUGAAUGAGUACCGGCUGGAUGAAGCUCCCAAGGACAUUAAGGGUUAUUACUACAAUGGUGAUUCUGCCGGGCUGCCAGCUCGCUUAACAUUGGAGUUCAGUGCUUUUGACAUGAGUGCUCCUACCCCAGCUCACUGCUGCCCGGCUGUUGGAACACUGCAUAACACCAACACACUCGAGGCUUUCAAGGCUGCAGAUAAGAAGCUACUUUUGGAACAAGCAGCAGAUGAGAUAUGGGAAUCCAUAAAAUCGGGCACUGCCCUCGAAAACCCUGUCCUCCUCAACAAGUUCCUCCUCUUGACAUUUGCAGAUCUAAAGAAGUACCACUUCUACUAUUGGUUUUGCUCCCCUGCUCUCUGCCUUCCAGAGAGUAUACCCCUCAUUCAGGGGCCAGUGGGCUUGGAUCAAAGGUUUUCACCAAAACAGAUUCAAGCCCUUCAACAUGCCUAUGAUGAUCUUUGUCAAACAGAAGGAGUCCCAGCGCUACCUUACUUCUUGAUCAAGUAUGAUGAGAACACAGUACUGGUUUCCUUGCUUAAACACUACAGUGAUUUCUUCCAAGGUCAAAGGACAAAGAUAACAGUCGGUGUGUAUGAUCCCUGUAACUUAGCCCAGUACCCUGGAUGGCCUUUGAGGAAUUUUUUGGUCCUAGCAGCCCACAGAUGGAGUAGCCGUUUUCAGUCUGUUGAAGUCCUCUGCUUCCGGGACCGCACCAUGCAGGGGGUGAGAGACGUCGCCCACAGCAUCAUCUUCGAAGUGAAGCUUCCAGAAAUGGCAUUUAGCCCAGAUUGUCCUAAAGCAGUCGGAUGGGAAAAGAACCAGAAAGGAGGCAUGGGACCGAGGAUGGUGAACCUCAGUGAAUGUAUGGACCCUAAAAGGUUAGCAGAGUCAUCAGUGGAUCUAAAUCUCAAAUUGAUGUGUUGGAGAUUGGUCCCCACUUUGGACUUAGACAAGGUUGUGUCUGUCAAGUGUCUGCUGCUUGGAGCCGGUACCUUGGGUUGUAAUGUAGCUCGGACAUUAAUGGGUUGGGGCGUUAGACACAUCACAUUUGUAGACAAUGCCAAGAUCUCGUACUCCAAUCCUGUGAGGCAGCCUCUCUACGAAUUCGAAGAUUGCCUAGCAAGUGGUAAGCCCAAGGCCCUGGCUGCAGCAGACCGGCUCCAGAAAAUAUUCCCCGGAGUGAAUGCCAGAGGGUUCAACAUGAGCAUCCCCAUGCCUGGACACCCAGUGAACUUCUCUAGUGUCACCCUGGAGCAAGCCCGCAGGGAUGUGGAGCAGCUGGAGCAGCUCAUCGAAAGCCAUGACGUCAUUUUUCUGUUGAUGGACACCAGGGAGAGCCGCUGGCUGCCUGCUGUCAUUGCUGCAAGCAAGAGAAAGCUGGUCAUCAAUGCUGCCUUGGGAUUUGACACAUUUGUUGUCAUGAGACACGGCCUGAAGAAACCUAAGCAGCAGGGAGCUGGGGACUUGUGUCCCAGCCACGCUGUGGCACCUGCGGACCUCCUGGGCUCGUCGCUUUUUGCCAACAUCCCCGGCUACAAACUUGGCUGCUAUUUCUGCAAUGACGUGGUGGCCCCAGGAGAUUCAACCAGAGACCGGACCUUGGACCAGCAGUGCACUGUGAGUCGUCCAGGAUUGGCCAUGAUUGCGGGAGCCCUGGCAGUGGAAUUGAUGGUUUCUGUUUUGCAGCAUCCAGAAGGGGGCUACGCCAUUGCCAGCAGCAGUGACGACCGCAUGAAUGAGCCUCCAACCUCUCUUGGGCUUGUGCCUCACCAGAUCCGAGGAUUUCUGUCACGGUUUGAUAAUGUCCUUCCUGUCAGCCUGGCAUUUGACAAAUGUACAGCUUGUUCUUCCAAAGUUCUUGAUCAAUAUGAACGAGAAGGAUUUAAUUUCCUAGUGAAGGUGUUUAAUUCUUCACAUUCCUUCUUAGAAGAUUUGACAGGCCUUACGUUGCUGCAUCAGGAAACUCAAGCUGCUGAGAUCUGGGACAUGAGCGACGAUGAGACCGUCUGACAUGGCCCACCCUCGCGUGGCCGGCUUCUCCCUGGCUGCCUGCCGAGGAGCUCACAACCCCGGAGCAGGACUGCCACCCCCAGGACUGGCGAUUCUGGGCCUUGUGCCCCUCCAACUUUUCUGGUCCCCUCCUCUCCACAUCUUGAGGACUGGAGCCUCCCUCCGCUGUCCAGGACCUUCUGGCGUUCUCCAUUUCUCAUGAUUCAUGAUCCCACCAGUUCUGAGCUAAAUAAUAACCUUGGCUUUGGCAUUGCCGUUUAUCUGG